GUGUCUUGUCCCAUUCCCCUUUCUCUCUCCCGUCGUUGCCUCACAGGUCACUUGCGCUCUGGUUUUUGCCUAUUGGUAGUCGUUUCAACUUCACUUCAUCUCGAGUCCGCCUGUAUGGCAGGUGCGUCGUGCGGCAAGCGCAUGGAACAAGUUACGCAAGUUGCAAUUCCGAUCUCACUGCAGGUGCCGGCUCUUCCUCUCACACCAGGCUGCCCGACGAGGAACCUGGGUGUCCACUAGCUGAGCACAAUCCUCACUGCCAUACAACCUAAAGCUCUCCACGAGUAUUACAGGAAGUUCGCCGAGCGACCAGACAUUGACAGCUCGCCAUUCGGAGUAGUAAGCACGAUAUCGCAGGGGUAGGUCCGAUGACUUCUCAAUCAGCAGUCGUCGAAUACGUUACCUCUCGAGAUGGCACUCGUAUUGGCUACCUCCGACAGGGCAAUGGACCGGGCAUAGUCCUGGUGCAAGGUGCAAUGGCAGACGCCACCGCCUACAGCAGCCUCGCUGCCAAUCUCGCUGCUGACUUCACAGUGCUAUCGGCCGAUCGGCGCGGCCGAGGCCUGAGCCCUCGGCAAUACAGUCCAGACCACGACAUCGCGAGAGACGUCGAAGACGUCGAUGCCAUUCUCGAGGCUACCGACGCCUCGAUUGUGUUUGGCUUGAGCUCUGGCGCUGUGAUCACAUUAGAGGCCGCAAGAACCCUCGCACGUGUCAAGCAGGCGGUGCUGUUUGAGCCACCAUUCUAUCGAGACGGCAUCGAUCGCGCUGGAAUUGCACGACUUGGCACCGAGCUUGAGCAGGGCGACCUGCCUUCAGCACUGCUCGAUGCCCUACUCGUCGCCAGAACGGCACCGGCACCACUCUAUCGCAUUCCACGGCCCCUGGCACGCCUUAUCGCCCGCGCAGUAAUCUCCAUCGACGCUUGGAUCAGGCAAAGCGGACCAACCUUUUCCUCGCUUCUCCCGGGUAUCCGUUAUGACUUCCACGACGUUGCGCAGGUCGAUGGUGACAUGAAGCGCUUUCGCGACGUCAGUGUACCUGUCCUGCUGAUCAACGGCACAGCCAGCCCUCAAUUCCUCCUCGACGCCACCCUGGACCUCGUCCAGCUUCUGCCAAUCGCCACACAAGUCGUACUGGAAACGCUGGGUCACGACGGCCCUUGGAACAACGGCUCACCUGACCAGAUUGCUCGUGCGAUCCGCGAAUUUCUUCCCAGAGACUUGUUCGGGAAGUGAGGCAGUGGUGACUCUACACUGUAACACUGAACGAGCUGUGAAGUGGCCUAUCUUCCCUGUAUUUUGCUCGUGGGGAAAGCUGUUGUGUUCGCGGUACCGUCUGCCUUUCACCUCAGUGGCAGUGGUCUCGUUGAGCGUUCGCGGUAGCGUCUGCCUUUCACCUCAGUGGUAGUGGUCUCGUUGGGCAAGCGCUAAAUGUAGCUCCCAUGCCCGUGACUGUAGCAGAGUGCUUGCC